GUAGAAAAGAUUAAACGUGCCAACAAGCUAUGGUCGAACGACACACUUUUUCUGAAAACGCUUUACAUUCCUUUGGAGAAUCAAGAAGACAUCAUGACCGUCGUGAACGGCCUCAACAAUAACACAGCAAUCCUAAAGACAUCGCAUACAAUGCCAGAACGUAACCGUUGUACGGAUAUUGUGUCUGAGGACUUGCAUGCCCAGCAGCUGGAAACAGCGCGUUGCUGUGACCAGCCUUGCCUUGCUGGUGGCAUCCUACCGAUUGGUAGUGAUGGUAGUGAUGAAACUAUGGAUGAAAACACUAGUAAAUGCAGCACGGGUAGUUGGUUGGAGGGAUGCAAUCGCCAUGAUGAAGAACUGACGGUCGAAGCUCUUUUGAGCAAGAUAGACAAUAAUACAGAUGCAAUUCGCAAGAACGUGGAAAAGUUGAAACUGAAUUCAGAUUUUCCACAACCCGAUCUGCCACCUGCGAGGCAAGCAGGUGUGGUUAGACAGAGACGGUCCCUGCGGCAGACGCCGGUACGACCAUCCGCGACGAGCAUCCUUGUGAAGGUCAAGCAACCUCUUCAGCAACUGCGCCAACAUGGACUGCAUAGCAGAGGGCAGAAUGGCAGUAACGAGGCAGACGUUGAGUUGAAAUGUUUCAAUAUAUGCUGAUAAUGUGGUUAUAUGUUACCAUAUCAUCAAGAGUGCAUCAGUAACUAUGUAAUAAUAUAAAUUAAUAUGCUCAUGAUAUCAUAUC